GCGAGGUGGGUGUGCGUACGUCUUGCUCUCUCCCGCGUCAAUACAAUUUCGAAGUUUAAUUGGAUUUCGUGUGAUUAAAAAAACCAUUCGAUAAUUGUUUAGUGUAAAACAUAAGUGGAAUUUUAUGUGUAACAUAUGUUUGUGUGAAAAGAAGUUGUUUUUCUGUGAGCUAGCUUUGGAUAUUUUCUUUCGUCGGUCAGUUUGUGAUGGCGUAGCGUAAUGGAGGGGGAGUGCUCGGAGGGCGGGGAGGGGUGGCUGCUGGUGCGCGUGCACGUCCCCGAGCUCAACGUGCAGAAGAGCCUGCAGUUCCCAAGGGACCAGCUCGUCUGGGACGUUAAGCAGCAGUGCCUCGCCGCUUUGCCCAAGGUGGCCACUUGGUACAGGGAGCUAAAGGAGAGCUUCAACUAUGGUCUGUUCUGCCCGCCGGUCAAUGGCAAGGCGGGCAAGUUCCUGGACGAGGAGAGGCGCCUCGGCGAUUACCCCUUUAACGGCCCUGUUGGAUAUCUUGAGUUAAAGUACAAACGUCGCGUGUACAAGAUGUUGAAGUUGGACGAGAAGACUCUGAAGACGGUGCACUCGCGCGCCAACCUGCGCCGCUUCCUCGAGCAUGUUGCGCACGCGCAGCUCGACAAAAUCACCAAAGCCUGCGCCAAGGGACUAGACCCCAACUUCCACUGUCAGGAUACCGGAGAAACGCCUCUAACCGUAGCAGCGGGUAUCAAGUCUCCUGCCAAAGUUCUUAUAGCACUCGUCAAUGGCGGAGCCCUUUUGGACUACCGAACAAAAGAUGGCAGCACCGCUAUGCACCGGGCAGUCGAGAAGAACUCUCUAGAAGCAGUCAAAACCCUGCUCGAACUCGGAGCUUCGCCUAAUUACAAAGAUAGCAAGGGACUAACGCCACUAUAUUUGUCUGUUACGAAUAAAACGGAUCCUUUACUAUGCGAAACAUUGCUGCAUGAUCACGCAACAAUUGGGGCAACGGAUUUACAAGGAUGGCAAGAAGUACAUCAGGCUUGUCGCAACGGUCUUGUGCAACACCUCGACCACCUUCUGUUCUACGGCGCGGAUAUGAACGGCCGUAACGCGUCCGGCAACACGCCGCUCCACGUGUGCGCCGUCAACGCACAGGACUCCUGCGCACGGCAGCUGCUCUUCCGCGGCUGCGACAAGGAGUCCCUCAACUUUGCCAACCAAACUCCUUAUCAGGUAGCCGUAAUAGCUGGAAAUUUAGAAUUGGCAGAAGUGAUAAAGAACUACAAAACCGAAGAAAUCGUGCCGUUCCGCGGUCCGCCGCGCUACAACCCGAAGCGGCGGUCUGCGGCGUGGGGCGGCUGGUGGAGCGCGGGGGACAGGACCUCGCUGGCCUCCUCCACCAGGAUCCCCGCAGAGCUGGACGCGCUGCUGCGGCGGCCGCCCAUCUCGACCAGCUCGCCCUGCAGUCUUGACAGACCCUUCUCAUCCGCCUCCUCCAGCAUCAGUGACGCCAGCCACCCCAGUCACGAGGACGAUGCCAGUAUCCUCACAGAUAAAAGCGGCGGGGAGGCCAGCGACGUGGUCUCGGAGUCGAGUGGCGUGGGCACCAGCGCGUCCGACACAGGCAGCGCGCCGCCGCCGCCGCCGCCCGGCGCCACCGCCGUCUGUCUGCGGCCGCACGACCCCGCCGCGCCCGGACAUUUGCGUCUCGCGCAGGGAGACAUCGUCGAAGUAACGGGGUGUACAGAGGACGGCAUGCUGGAGGGCACAGUGCGAGGGUCUGGCGCGAGCGGCAUGUUUCCCGCGCAUUGCGUCCAGGAGGUGCGCUUGCGCCAGAAUACGGCGCAUUUACAUCAGGUGCUGUCGUCGGGGCCCAUGCACCACUCGCGAGUGUCGGGGCGCCGCGAUAUGGCGCUCAGCAAGACUUACAGCGCCACCGCACCACGGAUAAAGAAGAAUUACGGCAACAUGGAGACGCGCACGGUGGUGCUGCACCGCGCGCGGCGGGGCUUCGGGUUCGUGCUGCGCGGCGCCAAGGCCAGCUCGCCGCUCAUGGAGCUGCGCCCCUCCGCGCGCUGCCCCGCGCUGCAGUACCUCGACGACGUCGACGCCGGCGGAGUGGCUGACCGCGCCGGACUGCGCAAGGGCGACUUCCUUAUCGCGAUAAACGGCGAGGAUGUGUCCGCGGCGUCGCACGAACACGUGGUGGAGCUCAUCCGCAGCUCCGGCGCGCUCGUCUCCAUGACCGUCGUCUCGCUCGCUAACAACGGUGCGGGUGCAGGGGGCGGGGGUGCGGGCGCGGAGGGCGGGGCGUGUGCGGUGCCGACCAGUCGCUCGCAGUCGCAGCUCAGCGCGGCCGCACGCCCCUACGCCGCCACACUGCCGCGCAAGGCCGCCGGGGGUCGCAGCCCCGCGCCCGCCCCGCCGCGCCGCGACCCGCGCACCACGCUCAGUGUGGGCCGCGCGCGCGCCAAGUCCAUGGUGGCGGGAUUAGAAAAUGGUGGAGAGAAAGAAGAGACGUGUGAGCCGCUCAGCGCCGCCGCCAAGUCCUCCUCGGCGGAGUCCGUGCAGCUGCACUCCAACAGCAAUAACGGAACUCCAGUGCUGGGCAUGUCGAGCACCGUGGGGGGCGGGGCGGGAGGCGGGGCCGGGGGCGGGGCUCGCACCGCCUCCAUCCGCGCUCGCCCCGCCUCCGGCCGCAUCACCGCCGCCGAGCUCGAGGAGCUAUUCCAGCGGCAAGCGGACGCCGACGUAGACCUCGACACCACCGACGCGGGGUGCGGCAUGAUGACGCGCUCGGCGUUCCAGGGCGGCACCGCGUCCCCGCAGGGCUCGCCCGCGCGCCCGCAGCGCGUCUACACCUCCGUCGCCGACAUGAAGAGAAGUCGGGCUAAGCUGUGGAGCAAGUCUGGAUCGCUACGACGAGACUUUCACUCGACGCCGGAUCUGGCGGCCGAGCUGGCGGCGCGGCCGGCGCGCACGCGCUCCAGUGACGACGUGCACGGUAACCGCUCCACCAUAUUCUUAUAUCUAAUUCUAGGAGAGCAAAAUUGCAAAAAUUUACGAAACGACGUGUCACGAAUAGGGCUGGCUAAAAAACCAGUGGGCCGUGCGCCGCCCCCCGCGGAGGCCCCGCCCCCGCCCCCGGGAGCGCCCGCCUCCUCGUUCCGGCCCAGCGCCGCCGCCAAGCUCUACGCCUCGCCGCAGGAGCUGGCGCGCGUCGCAUACCGCCCCGCCGUGCCUACAGACACGCAGUCGCGCAAGGGCACGCUGCGGUCGUGGGCGGGGCGCGCGCAGUCCGCCGACGACGCCUCCCACCAGUACGCGCAGCCUUUCAACCUGCACAAGCCCUUCGUGCGACAGAAUUCAACGCCCGCGCCUCCCAUUCCCGAGCCAGACUACAGCAUGUCGGAAUCGGAGGAGGAGGAGGAGGGCGCGGAUAAGCCGGCGGAGACCGGAGCAGAGACCAGCGCCAACAGCAACGCCAGCGGCAGCAGCUCCGGCUCGGGCUCGAUGCAGCACUCGUUCUCCGUGGACGAGAUCCAGAAGAUCCGCACGCGGCUGAAGUCGUCGCGGUCGUGCGGCGACGAGGUGGGCGAGCGCGACGACGGUGACAACUCCUCCUCCGGCGUGUCCUCCGACCAGGAGGCCCAGGCGCGCCCGCGCCGCGACAAGGUCUCCUUCUGCACCUCCGUCACCGUCAAGUCCUCCAACGACGUCAUCAGCACCGAGCCCGUGCACAGCUCCUCCGAGAGCCUCGCACCCAUGCAGCGACAUAACUCGCUGACGAGGAAGCGCGCCACGGCGCUGCUCCGCGGCGGUGUAGGCGUGGGUGGGGGCGGAGCGGGAGGCGCGGGGCGGGGCCGGUCCGCCGCCGAGCGGCUGGGCGUGGACGUGGGCAAGGCGCCGGGGCGGCGGGCGCGGGCUGCGGUGUCGCUGGCGGAGCUGCCGCCGCCGCCCGAGGAGCCGGCGGGAGCGCCGGACGCCGCGCCGCUGAUCGCGCCGCCGCCGCAGUUCAGCGACCGCGUGCGCGUGGUGGCCGCGCUGCCCAAGCUUGCACAUUUACAUUAA